CAUCCUCCCUUUAUAGACGAUCUGUGCAGCCCUCUAGCUGUGACGCGGCUCGGUGGCUGGUGGCUGUCAGGCUGGACUCACAUCUCUCCUCCUGGAUGGGGUUUUUUCGGACACGAAAGAGGCCAGUAUUCAACAUGGAUGGCACACCUGAGUCUUUAUAAACCGCUGUGACGCCACCCUCAGACUGGAUGACAGGAGAUGAGACGCUGCAGUACCAGACCACAUCAUGAGCAUCCAGAGUCUGGGAGGAGCUAUAGGGGAGUCCCUUGGCUCUAACCUGACAGUGCGUAUGAGUGGAGCAGGUGGCGGGUGGAGUGCUCUCUCCCUGAAACCCGUUUCCUCUGGACGGAUCACCUCAAUGUUCCAGACGAUGGUCCCAACCGGUUAUACCAAGCUGCAGGAGGAGCGGUUGGCCAUGGUGGACCUCGGAGCUAAACCUGAGGCCGCCUCGCUGCAGAACGGCUACAGACCGGAGACAUCUCAUAUAGAAAGCAGACGGGUCCUGGACCGGGCCUCUCGCUCUUCUCUGUCUUUAGCUGACUGUGGAGAUGGAGGCUACUCUGAGACAGAGCCCAUGCUAGCUGAACGGAGGCUCUCAGGAGAGGAGGCAGAUGGGGAGGAGGAGGAAGAAGAUGAGGAGGAAGGACUGGGGUCUAAUGGGCAGAAUUUGCCCAAAGAGUCACCACUGGCUAUGGCUUUGCAGAUUUUGGUGCCUUUCCUUCUAGCUGGAUUUGGAACUGUGUCAGCUGGAAUGGUCCUGGAUAUUGUGCAGCACUGGGAGGCGUUUCAGUACAUCACAGAGAUCUUCAUCCUGGUACCUGCACUGCUCGGCCUGAAGGGAAACCUGGAGAUGACGCUGGCCUCGAGGCUGUCCACAGCGGUAAAUGUGGGCAAGAUGGAUUCUCCCAUAGAGAAGUGGAAUCUGAUCAUAGGCAACCUGGCACUGAAGCAGGUUCAGGCCACUGUGGUGGGUUUUCUGGCGGCUGUAGCGGCCGUGGUUCUUGGUUGGAUCCCGGAGGGAAAGUUUCAGAUGAGCCAUGCUGUUCUGCUCUGCUCCAGCAGCGUGGCCACGGCCUUCAUAGCCUCCCUGCUACAGGGUAUCAUCAUGGUGGGGGUAAUUGUGGGUUCAAAGAAGACGGGCAUCAACCCGGACAAUGUAGCUACACCCAUUGCAGCCAGCUUCGGUGACCUCAUUACCUUGGCGAUCCUGGCCUGGAUUAGCCAGGGCCUCUACAAGUGCCUGGACUCCUACCCAUAUGUGUCGUCAGUGGUUUGCGCCUUCUUCAUGUGUCUGACUCCUCUGUGGAUGGUCAUCUCCUCCAAGCACCCAGCCAGCCGCACCCUGCUCUACUCCGGAUGGGAGCCAGUCAUCACUGCCAUGGUCAUCAGCAGCAUCGGAGGGCUCAUCCUGGACAAAACGGUGUCUGACCCAAAUCUGGCUGGCAUUGUAGUGUACACCCCGGUUAUCAACGGUAUUGGGGGUAACCUGGUGGCCAUCCAGUCCAGCAGGAUCUCUACCCACCUGCAUUUCCACUGUGCUCCUGGGGAGGUUCCUGACGAGGCCAAGGGCUGCUACUACCCCUGCCGUACAUUCUGUGGUACAGGAGCCAAUCAUCGCUCUGCUCAGGUGCUUCUGCUUUUAGUGAUCCCUGGUCACCUAAUUUUCCUUUACACCAUCCACCUGAUGAAGAGUGGUCACACCACGCUGACACCUAUUUUCAUGUCCGUCUACCUGGCUGCUGCUAUGCUGCAGGUGCUGCUGUUGCUGUGUAUAGCAGACUGGAUGGUUCACUCCAUGUGGCGGAGCGGCAAAGACCCAGACAGUUUCUCCAUCCCUUACCUGACAGCUCUAGGUGACCUGCUGGGCACUGCCCUACUGGCGCUCAGCUUCCACUUCCUGUGGCUCAUAGGAGACCAGGACAGCGAUGUGGGCGACUGAAAAGGCCUUUGACAAUAAUGUGGCAAAGGUGACAGGAACCCUGCAGUCUGCCAUCCGACUUCUCACGCCCUUAAGCCUUGUGGGAAUGUGGGCACUCUGUCGCUGGCCAGCACAUUCCUCAGCUUCACAUACUGGAUGAUACUGAAACCACAUGAUGGUUUAGAAACUAUUUUCUGCUCAUGGCUUUUUUUCUACACACAAAGAACAUUAUGUUCCUUAAAUUUAGACUGUUCUCUGUAGCAAUUCUGAUCUGCAAUCGUUUGCACCAAAGCACUUGGAUAUUAUAUUGCUGGUCUUGUUAAGAGGAGCAGGAAAAUGGCAGCCACCACCCAUAGCGCUGAUGAAACUGCUGCUGUGUGCAAGGUGGUCUACUUUGUACACCAAGCAUCAGUUUGAAGUCAUCUCUUGACCUGGAACAUAUUUUGGGGAUUUACCACCUAACGUUUCAUAAUAUGUGCUACCUGCCUUGUCUCUGCAUCAUCAUCAGUGGAGGGACAGUAGGGAUGGAGGACCAGAGAGUUGAGGUCUGGAGUCAUUGUGUUCCAGGUUAAGUCAUGCAGACGCUGCCAAUACCAGCUUUAAAGGGAAUAACAUAGACUUUUAGUGAUGCUACAAAAGGUCUACUUUCCUUCCCAUGUUUAUAUUUGUGUUUUGUUGUUUCAUAUGUUGAGUUAUCCUGCAAUGUUCUCUAUACAUUUAAGGAACAUUUUUCCUAGGCUGCAUCUGAGUUAACAUGCAGGGAUGUCUCAUAUAUGAUAUAUCUGUGUUUCUCAUUAUGUUUCUAACUUUAUCAGGGGCUCUCAGAGUUUUUGGAAAUGGGGACCAGCAAGUAAAUUAAGUCUAGUUUUGCGAGCCAACUUUGUAAUAGUCUUUAUUCUAAAUUGAGACAAAUCAUGAUUUUAUUUGCAACAUUCAGUUUACUAAAGAUUCUUGCACAGGAACAUGAAUGAAAUAGACAAAGAUUACAGUAAAUGGAAUUUGUCAGUCAGUUGAAAAGUGUUGUGCACACUGUACUACACUGUUGAGAAGUGAGCCUUUGCUAAGCCCCUCCCCUAAGAGGAAGUAACCAGUAAUAGCUUAGCAGGUGUAAGUUGGCACAGCAGCAUGGAGCAAUACUUGGUGUUUAAAAAGUUGAAUGGGGGUGUCUUCUUAAGAGAAGCCAUAAGAGUGGAUGAAUGAAACUGUGUCUAAUAAGAUGUUAGCAUUUCUGGUGAACUAGUUAACUUUCUGCGAUAGUAAUUAAUUUAUCAAUUUAAGACAGAUUUUGGGAUCUGGGUCACAAUUUUGAUGGUUAAUGGUCACUUUUGCACUUUUCCAUUACAACAAAUCUAAAAAUGGUGAUAAGACUUCUGUUAGGGUAUCAAAGAACCAUGUUCCCUUUGAUUUGGAAAAUCAGAUUUACACUACCAUAACACCCCAAGAAUGACGUAAGGGGCUGUGAAAUGUAACAAAAAGACAUUGAGGGUUGUUGAAAAUUACAUCAGAAGCAAAGACAUGUCUUCUGAGGCAUUUUAAAGCUUUGGUCAUCAUAUCCACACUACCGUUCAAAGGUUCAGGGUCAUUUAGAAAUGUCCUUAUUUUUGAAAGAAAAGCAUUUUUUUUCAUUGAAGAUAACAUUAAAUGAAUGAUAAAUCCAGUCUAGACAUUGUUAAUGUGGUAAAUGACUAUUCUAGCUGGAAACGAUUGAUUUUUAAUGGAAUAUCUCCAUAGGGGUACAAAGGAACAUUUCCAGCAAACAUCACUCCUGUGUUCUAAUGCUACAUUGUGUUAGCUAAUGGUAGUCUGUAUAUAGCAUGUAGGACUACUAGCCUUCAUUUCAAAUAGUAUGCUGUGGCACAUUUUACCUUUGUCCAUUUGGAUAUUACACUUGGUCUUGUUGCUACUUUAACAAUAUUUCAAUUAACUGUUCAACCCUAGUUUAGGUUAAAACUAGCAGCUCUGUGUUAAGCCCUGUUUGUGCUUCGACAUGGACAGACGCCUGACACCCACAGAGCCAUAGUGGUAGCUGUUAUACUCUGCUAGUCUGCUGAGUCCACCUGAAAACUCGACUGCAUACAUGUGCAAUUGGUUGUACGUAUCAGUGUAUUCUGCCCACACACACUACUUUCCCACAGAUUUUAGGCUGCACACGUGCACAUAUCCGUGGACGGCUCUGCAUCGACCCUUAGGAACUUGGAGCGAUGGUGAACUUUAUGUCACGCAGACCGUUAUGGAUUGUAUAAGACAGGCCCUAUUCUUUACAUUGAAGCCAACAGCAUUACAGUUACCACACAUGCUGAUUAACCCUCAUUGUAAAAUCAUUUAAGGAGCCUUUUAGAGAUAAAAAUGCAUAGACCGAGAGCCUGAUCUUACAUUCUCUUAUCGUACAAGUAACACUCAGAUGAAGUAGCUCUGUGAUGCAGUUUGUGUCAGCUGGGCCAGGCAGGUUUAGUUUCAGUCUUUCAGCAGUGUAACGUGUACAGGGUGGGCCAGAAGUAGGCUUACACUCAGUAGGUAUGCUUAGUAGGUAUGAUAAAAUGCCCGGCGUGAAGGCGGGGGAGUGUUAAAGGCUCCUUACAAUGAUGUGUGCAACUGCUUGGCAUUUUCACACUUCCAAUAUUGCUUUAGUGUCCACUUUCUUUGCUCUUGAUUUAAUUUGGUUCCCAUUGCUCACAGUUCCUGUAAAAAACAAACAAAAUAAUCUCUAUAAAAAAUCAAAACCAAAACUGGAAGAAAUAGCUUAAUAACAUUUCCAAAACAUGAAUAAGGGAUGUGGAAUACUGAUUUGGAAUUAUGGUUUCGAUAAAUUAGAUCGAAAACGUGAAAGAAAAACUGUUCGCCUACUUUUGGCCCACCCUGUAGCCAUGGCAAUGAAUAUCAGAGACUUCUUGUUCGAAACUAGUUAGCUGCUGGGAACAUUAGUCAGCGUAUCGCCAGUGCAGCGUCCGUUAUCCCAUCAGUCAGAAAAAUCAAGAGGCGGUUUCCAGAAACGAGAAGCUGCUUUUGUCUCCCACUGUCGGAAAACAAAGACAUGUUGCUUCAGCACAGUCAUUUGCAUAUGUGUUGUAUAAGAACGGACAGCUCAACAGGAACUAAAGGCAGCGGGGCCUAGCAAACGCAGAGGUGUCUCUUGCAGUGUGUCACCAACGGGUCGACCAUUAAUACUGAUCACUAGUAAUCAAGGAGAUUUACUAUAUAUACUGAUAAUUAAAGUCCUGGUGUCAAAAUUUAGAACAACACAAACUCCAACACAAAAAUGCCUUUAUUUAUAUUCUGCAUAUGUUAAAUUGAAAAUAACUUUCCAGCAUCUACCCUUCAGUGUCGAUUGGCUAUUAGUAAUGACUUGUAACCCGACAGUGAGACAUUGCUGUAUCGGAGCCAAUCGAGCACAUUUUUUAACUAAUUUAUUUUGUUGGGAAAAUUUAAUAAUAGCCGUGCUCGAAAUAUCAGAUCCGAUAACCUUCCAAACUCUACUUUCAGAGCCCUGUCAUGUUGUGUAAAUGAAAGCAGCACUUCUCUAAUCUGAAACCAACCAUAUGAUCCUUUGUGUAUCUUGUCAGUCCCCUGUGUUCCCUCUCAUUCAUUUCCUCUGUUUGUUUGCGUUGUGUUCAGGGGUUGGGGUGGGGGGUUACGUUGACCAGGACCACAUGAGUAUUUGCAUGCCAGUCAUAUGCUGUUUACAUGUAUGCAUAGUGUCGACAUGCAUGCACACAGUUAACAAGCUGUUUUCAGAAUCGGUGUGAGCUGAUUAGCCACCAGAUUUCUGCUUGACUUUGUUUACUUUCUGCAAACGUGUUGCAUUUAAAGGGUCUGAGAAUCUAGUGAAGCAAAUAAAUCAGCCCUCCUAGCUCCAGCAGGAAUGACAUGGGGGAAAUCCUCUUGCUUAAAAAUACACUCUUCAAUUAUUCCACUUCCAUCAAAUUAUCAAGCAGCAUAUUGUGCGCAUGUGAACGCAGCCAGUGGCUCUCUUAAACUCCAAUAUGUGCCUCUUGAGAUUCACUGGUUGACAAGGUACCUUUCUCUCUGUCAUGCCAUUAAUGCAAUUUUCUUUUCUACUGCAUUGUAAUACUGUGCAAUGAUUUUCUUUUUGUACUCUUUCAGCUCUGACACAACAAGAGUUUCAUUCUAAAAUGACGCGUCCACUGCUUUAAUUGCUGUCAGGAAACAACUUGCAGAUAUCAAGACAUCCUGAGGGGUGAUGCCAAUUUUGGAUUGUGGAGAGAUUUUCUUUUCGGAAUGGAACUCUUUCUGCUUUUGUGGCUCGUACGGGCCAAAAUUGUCUAAAUAAAUGUCCUUGAUUUGAAAAGCA